AUGGCAAAGCCCGUCUCGAACGAACCACCCACCAGUGGCGGACAGGAAAUCAACUACUUGUCAUGGGCGGUUCAUUCCUCCACAACAUUCACGAUAGAGGAGGGCUCUGGAUUCAACAUCCAGGCAGAGUUCCAAGCUCCCGUGGACACAGUUACAUGGCCGGCGUUUUGGCUGAAUGGAGCCGAUACCUGGCCGCCAGAGAUCGAUCUCGCAGAGUGGAAGGCAUCCUCCGAAAUCCAAUCUAUAGACAUGGAGUAUGACUCCCCGGAUAACUUUCACGCCGUGCGCACCGAGAUCCGCGACGAGGAUGGUUCCAACACCUCAGUCAGUUUCUAUCUCUACGAUACGGAAGUGACGACACAAAUCAUCAAUUUGCAAAUGGAGGGCUCGACUGGCACUCUGGGCCCAUCGACAGGUUGGUAA